AUGGACGAAAAGACCAAGGCAGCGACAGAUCUGGAGACACGCUUGACGCAGUUAAGUUUAGCAGUAAAGAGAUCGCAAUCUAUCAUCGAGUCAGGUAAGCGAGUAGCUAUAAAUAGGCAUCUCGAAGCGUUACAAACUACCGCUAAAGAAGCAUCACGAUGCAAACUCGCUGUCGAGGCAAUCAAAAUUGUCGAGAAAGAGGACCAAACUGUGAUAAACGAAUGGAGUAACGAGAUUGAUGCGAAAUUUGACGCGGCCGACGAGGCCACAAUACGACUCGAAAAAUGGCUUGCUGAUGCAGAUAAGGCCGAGCAGUUUGUAACGCAAGAGGAACAGUUGAAAUUUGAACUCAAGUUGCAUGAGAAAAAGCUGCAAAUGCAAGCUGAACUUGCCCAAUCCUCAGUACAAAAACCGGAAACUCAGAAAU